ACUAUUCUUAUGCAUUUCAGCCAUAUUAUACAAUCCAACGUUUAUUGAGUGGUUGACUCCCGAUGCAAUGAGAUCGCUAGCGCGGCGGUCGCGCACAGUAACUCUUGGCGACAAUUCUCUCUCUCGCACCGUCAACACCGCCAACGCCGCAGCCCCGCCACUCGCAACUCGCAGCCACGGUCCCGCACAACACCGACAACAUGGCGGAAAUCACAAAAGAACUGACCUUCAAGGCGGUCCAAAUCGAUGCCCUCGUGGCCAUCAAGCUCGCUACGGCCAGCGGAAAGUCGUUUCCCAGCGUCGCCACGGGCAGCCUUGUAGGCAUGGAGAAGAACGGCGUGCUCGAGAUCACCAACUCGUUCCCCUUCCCGGAGACAGCAGCAGCGGCCCACGACGGCCAGAGCGACUCGUCGAGCAACACAGCGGCGUCGGCCCCCCGCGCCAAGCAGAACAUUGCGUACAGCAACGAGAUGAUCAAGUUCCUGCGCGAGGUCAACGUGGACGCGAACAACGUCGGCUGGUACACGAGCACCAGCAUGGGCAACUUUGUCAACCUGCAGACGAUUGAGAACCAGUACUUCUACCAGAACGCGCCCAACGAGAAGACGGUGGCGCUCGUGUACGACGUCAGCCGCAGCUCCGAGGGCGCGGCGAACCUGCGGGCGUACAGGCUGUCCCCGGCGUUCAUGACGGCGUACAAGGAGGGCAAGUUCACAACAGAGAGCCUCCAGAAGAACGGACUGCGCUACUCGGACGUGCUCGUGGAGCUGCCCGUCACGAUCCGCAACUCGCACCUCCUCACGUCGCUGCUGCACCAGCUGCCGACGCAGGCCCCCAGGGAGGAGCUCGCGUUCCCGCCGAACCUGUCGGCGCUGCUGCAGGACCGCAACACGCCGCAGCCGCCGCUGUACCCCAACUACGACUCGCUGGACCUCUCCAUCGACCCGUUCCUCGAGAAGACGUGCGACCUGCUGCUGGAGAGCAUCGAGACGCACCACACGGAGCUCAACAACUACCAGUACUACCAGCGGUCGCUCGCGCGCGAGCAGACCAAGAUCACGGCGUGGCAGACGAAGCGCAAGGCGGAGAACGCGGCGCGGGCGGCGUCCAAGCAGGCGCUGCUGCCCGAGGACGAGUGGCAGCGGCUGUUCAAGCUGCCGCAGGAGCCCAGCCGGCUGGAGACGCUGCUCAACUCGCGACAGGUGGAGCAGUACUCGCGACAGGUGGACGGGUUCACGGCAGGGGUCACGGCCAAGAUGUUUGCGGUCAAGUCGAACCUGCUGCCCGGGGAUGCGUGAGGUGUGUUUUAUGAUAAUGCUUCUCUUGGUCAGGGCAUGGCACGGCGUUCGGGACAUUCAGGGCUCCAGUUGGAGCGCAGCGGCCAGGGCGGGCUGCGGAAUGUGGUUCUUCGGCAGUGCUGGUAGUGCUGGUAGCUAGAUGGCGGGCUGGUAGCGACAGCCGAC